GUAGGAGUCGCCUCAAGCAAUGAGUCGGCGCCCCGCAGACGCAUAUGCUCGAGAAACUGGGGAGGGAAUGUCCUGAUUCAAUCUACUGCUCGAAUGAUUGCAAUUGUCCUCGAAGUCUGCCUGCAUCUGAAGCCUGUUGACCUGAGGCACGGUCGGCACGAUAUUUUUCCGUCCCGACUCCUUUUCCAUCAGCCUCAGCCCACUUCAUCCCUUCAAAUUAAGCAGAACCAAGACAUGUCAAACGGCCCCGAACACUGUUUCCAAAGCCUCACCUUUGGCUCUUCCACGAUGCCCUCAUCUCGCAAGCAGAUGGCCCUCGUCCCUUGCCGUGGCCAUGUUACUGCGAUCCUACCGUCGUUCCUCCCUCCAACGUCGUCUGCUCCGGCUUCUCCUCUACGCCCUGUUCGCAUUCUUUGUCUUUGACUUACUUACCAUCCUCAAACACCACCGCGAAUUCACCCGUAACCUCCUCAGCCACACAUACACAUCCCCGUCCGUUCUCCCGACCCCAAUACAGAACCAAAAGAUUUUCAUUGUUGCGCAAUUUUGGACCAACGCACGUGUCAUCUCUGAGCGAUGGGGUCAAGCGCUUCUCGAUCUUGUAGGAGUACUGGGAAAGGAGAAUGUCUACGUGAGCAUCUACGAGUCAGGGAGUCUGGAUAACACAAAAGAAGUUCUGAAAAUGCUGGACGAUGUGCUUGGGCAGAAUAACGUUCCUCAUCAGACGGUCUUGGAUCCAACUACGCACGAAGAUGAAAUCAACGUUGGACCACUCGAUGACCAGGGAGUCCCUCGGCAAGGCUGGAUCCAGACCACGAGUGUGGGAACGAAAUGGGGUAAAGAGCUGCGAAGGAUUCCAUACCUCGCUCGCCUGCGGAAUACAUCUCUAAAACCUCUUUUCCGGCUCCGCAAUGAACAAGGCCAGAAGUUCGACAAGGUGCUUUUUCUCAACGAUGUCGUCUUCCGCCCACAGGACGUCCUCACACUCUUAGCCACGAAUCAAGGUUCCUUUUCUGCCGCAUGUGCCCUUGAUUUCCAUUUGCCGCCAGCCUAUUACGAUACCUUUGCGCUAAGGGAUUCUGAAGGACUGGGCACAAUCCAGACUAUAUUUCCCUAUUUCCGUUCUCAAGACUCUCGCGAAUCCAUGCUCAAGGGCCUCCCAACCAAAGUCUCAUCAUGCUGGAACGGCAUGAUUGUGAUGGACAGCACACCUUUCUACGACGGACUUCAGUUCCGUGCACUGAGCGAUAGUCUUGCGAGCAAGCAUCUCGAAGCAAGUGAAUGCUGUCUUAUUCACACAGACAUGAACAUCACUUCUCCCGGCUCCGCUGAUCGCAUCUACGUCAACCCGUCGGUCCGCGUUGGGUACACUGUGGACGCCUACAACACCACACAUUCCGGGUCCGACGAGAACUUUGUUUCUGCAACGCAGUACGUCACCGGGGUAUGGACAAACCGUCUUAGAAGGAACAUUCUGCCACGCGAGACGAAAACUAUGAAGGACGUCAAAAGGAAAAUGGAAAAGUGGGUCAAGGAAGGAGAGAAUUCUUUGGAAAAAAGAGAGGAGACUGGCGGUUUGUGUGUUAUUGAUGAGCAGCAUAUCUUGAUCUGGAAUGGGUGGAAGCAUGUAUAAGUUCUCGUCCGCGAGGCUGGCAUUCCCUUCGAUUUAUGUUUCUUGCAGGUGCAGGGAUGGGAGGCAGGCCACUGACAUUUGAACCGGGAUUUAAAAAGUUGGGACUAGGGGUAUGGUUUUAUGGCACAUCUUCGGAAGAAAACAAAAUGCAUUGAUUGAAUUGGCGGCACAACAGUUUGGGAUUUUGUUUACACGGGCAAUCGGCAUAGAACGCACCUCCAUACAUGCCGCUGCGUGGCAGUCUCCCUGGCGGAUACAACACACUUGUAUAUUUUUGGAUAGCCACAAGAGCUGCCGAGGGACUUCAUUCCGCUCCUUGAAGGGGCAUGAACUAAACGCGAUCACUCAGUUCGUCUCAUCGUCGUCUUCGAUCUCA